AAAGAAGAAGAAGAAGAACGGAAAGCAACGGAAGUGACGUUGUGUCGGGGCGUUGUCGUUUACAAGGGGGGCCGUGUGUGUGAUUCCGACUGCGCCUGCGCCCGUUCCGAGGGAUACCGGUGAAACCUUAUUAUUGCGCAUUUCGCCCGACAUACGACAACCGACAAACGACCCAGACAAGCGGUCAUACAGAGACGCCGACCAUGUUCUUUGUCAGCGCCAUAGUAAGGAACAUUGCUCCCAUCUUCAUAGCAACCAGCCCCGUCACCAGUUAUGGCGACCAAAUCUACUCGAUGCACCGCGCGCGCAGCUCGGCCGGCUUCUCCCUCGAUAUUCCGCUCAUCAUGCUCGUCGCCAGCAUCCUCAAAGUAUACUACUGGUUCGGCGCACACUUUAGCACCUCGCUGCUGAUCCAGGCCCUACUGAUGAUUUGCGUCCACCUCCUGCUGCUGCACGUUGCACUGACGCAUCGCCCGCCGCCGUCGCAUCUGCCGUUUCAGCACAAGGAGCCGUCGAACCGGCCCUACGACUUUUGGCAGUGGCGCGCCCCUCGCCCCUACUGGACCUUUAUCACGUAUUUCGCCGGCGGCCUGCUGCUCCUGCAUCUGCUCAUGAGCUCCACGACUAUAUUUAUCCCGUACACGGAUUUGCUGGGCGGCAUUGCAUUGACAAUCGAGGCGACGCUACCGCUGCCGCAGCUGCUGGCAAAUCACCAGCGCAAGGGUUGCAAGGGCUUCCGUCCCAGCGUCAUUGUCAAUUGGGUCAUUGGCGAUACCUUCAAGAUGUGGUUUUUCUUCGCUAGCAGUAAUGGCGAGGUUCCUUGGGCGUUCAAGGCCUGCGGCAUCUUCCAGGCAUGCUGCGAUUUGGGUCUCGCGGCCCAGUACCUCGUCUGGGGCGAUGGGCCCGCCGGUGUUGAAGGUCUGGGUAGGGAAAAAGAACUUCGGAGUCCUAUCCAUCCAGAGGUGGAUUGGGGCAUGGAGAAAUUGGGUCACGCCGGUGUUACGGCGGGCAUUGAGAUGAAUGAUGGUCAGGCGUGGGAGAGACCGAGGCUUGGGUAGACAGGAAGACUUGUUUAAUCCAGGCGAGGCUUGGUAUCCACCUAGAGGGAUGCGCCUGGGCUUGUGUUGUGUUGUGAUGAGAUGAGAUGAGAUGGAAUGAUUGAAAUGUACAUGGGACAUCAGGCAUGUCGAGUUUUUUUUUUGUCUUAAAUGUAAAUACCGUAAUAAUGAUUCAAGUGAGGAAGGAGGGGAUUAGAUGCUUUUUAUGCGUUUUCGCAUUCCAUCUUUAUGUACG